UGUCAGAUGUCAGGUUUAUUUGGGUUUGGGCGUUUGUUUGGUUUUGGCCGUUUUGGUUUUAAUUUUUAAUUAUCAUACUUUGUUAAAUUUUUUUGAUAAACACGUUCAAAGUUUAAACAAUAAGUAAUGGAAGUAAAACAAGAAGUUAGUGAUGAGACGUGUCAAGCAGAAACGUGUUAUAAUGCUGUUGAUGAUGGUCCUUUGGAUAUUUGUAAAAUUGAAGUUAAAGAGGAACCCAAAAGAGAAAGUAUACAUGAUACAUUUGAUUAUGUAGCCUCAAAGGAAAUUCCCAUAAAAACUGAAGUAGAACAAGACGAACAUAAACUUACGUCAUUUAAAGAAAGACAAACAAUUCCAAGAGAUUUUCUCCAAGACAAGAUGGGAAUUAAGAAGGCAACAACUGAACAUUCACCUCACAAAGGAACUUGUAUGAAUCCACAUGCUGAAGGAAAAACAUCAACGAAAAAUUUGAAAGUGGUUACUGGGAAAAGACCGUACAAAUGUGACAUUUGCUACAAGCAGUUUAGGGAUGGAAGUAAAUUGAAAACACAUUUGAGAGUGCACACUGGUAUAAAACCUUAUAAGUGUGAAAUUUGUUUUAAGCAAUUUAAUCGAGCAAAUCAGUUGAAAGCCCAUUUGAGAGUGCACACUGGAGAAAAACCUUACAAGUGUGAAAUUUGUUGUAUGAAGUUUAGUGUAGCAAGAAGUUUGAAAAUACAUUUGAGAGUGCACACUGGGGAAAAACCUUACAAGUGUGAGAUUUGUUUGAAGCAGUUUUCUCAGAAAGCUAAUUUGGAACAACAUUUGGUGGUGCACACUAAAGCAAAACCUUAUAAGUGUGAAAUUUGUUUUAAACAAUUUAGUCACGCAAGUGUUUUGAAAAUGCAUUUGAGAGUGCACACUGGAGAAAAACCAUACACGUGUGAAAUUUGUUUUAAGAAAUUUAAUGAAGCAGGUAAUUUGAAAUCGCAUUUGAGGGUGCACAUCGGAAAUGGAGAAAAAGUAGAAAAAUCUCACAAGUGUGAAAUUUGUUUCAAGCAAUGUAUUACAGCAAGUGAAUUGAAGAUACAUUUGAGAAUACACACUGGAGAAAAACCUUACAAGUGUGAAAUUUGUUGUAUGAAGUUUAGUGUAGCAAGAAGUUUGAAAAUACAUUUGAGAGUGCACACUGGGGAAAAACCUUACAAGUGUGAGAUUUGUUUGAAGCAGUUUUCUCAGAAAGGUAAUUUGGAACAACAUUUGGUGGUGCACACUAAAGCAAAACCUUAUAAGUGUGAAAUUUGUUUUAAACAAUUUAGUUACGCAAGUGUCUUGAAAAUGCAUUUGAGAGUGCACACUAGGGAAAGAUCUUAUAAGUGUGAAAUUUGUUUUAAGCAUUUUCCUAAUGCAGGUUCAUUGAAACCACAUAUGAGAGUGCACACUGGAGAAAAACCGUACACGUGUGAGAUUUGUUUGAAGCAGUUUUCUCAGAAAGGUAAUUUGGAACAACAUUUGGUGGUGCACACUGAAGAAAAACCUUAUAAGUGUGAAAUUUGUUUUAAACAAUUUAAUCGGACAAGUCAUUUGAAAACACAUUUGAGAGUGCACACUGGAGAGAAACCUCACAAGUGUGAAAUUUGUCUUAAGCAAUUUAUUCAAGCAAAUAAUUUGAAAAAACAUUCGAGAGUGCACACUGGGGAGAAACCUUAUAAGUGUGAAAUUUGUUUUAAGCAAUUUAGUGAAGCGGGUGCUUUGAAAAAACAUUUGAGAGUGCACACUGGAGAAAAACCUUACAAGUGUGAAAUUUGUUUUAAGCAAUUUAAUCAAGCAGGUACUUUAAAAGCACAUUUGAAAGUGCACACUGGAGAGAAAUCUUACAAGUGUGAAAUUUGUUUUAAGCAAUUUAGUGAAGCAAGCCAUUUGAAAAAACAUUUGAGAGUGCACACUGGGGAAAAACCUUACAAGUGUGAAAUUUGUCUAAAGCAAUUUAGGCACACAAACUCUUUGAAAUCUCAUUUGAGAGUGCACACUGGGGAAAAACCUUACAAGUGUGAAAUUUGUUUUAAGCAAAUUAGUCGAGCAAAUAAUUUGAAAAAACAUUUGAGAGUGCACACUGGAGAAAAAUCUUAAGUAUGAAAUUUGUUUUAAGCAGUUUUCUCAGGCAGGUUCAUUGAAAACACAUUUUAGAGUGGACACUUGAGAAAAAUCGCACGACUGUGAAAUUUGUUUUAAGCAGUUAUUCAAGCAAGUGGAAUAGAGAAAAAUGCUAUAAAUCACAACAGAUUAUAAUUUAAAAUAUAGGUAUAUCAAAGAAAAAAAGUUGUUUUUGUCUUUCGUUUGGCCCCUAAAGACGAUUGAAAUCGAGAGAAAAUUCAAAUUAUAGCAGCCAGCGCAAAACGCACCCUCAUUGGUCGUUACGUCACAUCAUUAUAAUGUUUAAACUCGGCCAUUAAUUCAUUACGUUUUUUUAUUCACUUGUUAUAAGUUAAGUUAGGUGAACUGACCAUCAACAAUUAUAAUUCGCUCAAUUAGGACAGGACAAUAGAAAAACAUUUUACUUGAAAUUGACUGACAAUAUAUUUUAUAUUUUUCUUGACAUUACUUCAGAAGUCUAUACCUCUGAGCUUCGCUGGUGGCGCUCCUAGCGGAUUACUAAUUCAACUUUCACCGGUAAUUUUUAAAUUUAUUAUUUAAUUGUUAUCGCUUAAUAUUUACAACGCAAAAAAGUAAUUAAAUUGUAAUCGAUUUUUUUAAGAUUUUGCUAAUCAUUUUGACGUUCUAUUGAUAAAAUAUAAAUUUCUUACUUCAGAUACUUUCACAAUCAUCGUGUAGAUGGCGCUAAGAUUAAUUUAUAAUUACAUAUUGGAGAACAUUAAAAAAACUUAAAUUCAGUAUUUAAAACGUAAGUAUAUUUAAGGUAAAAAUAUAUACCACAGCUUUGACCAACUAAUAUAUUUUUUAUAAUUAAUGGUUUUAAUUUUAAUUUUAAAUUAAUCACUUUGACAUUUAUGUCAAAUUUCCGGUAAACGUUUACAGACUUGCCACUACUGGCGCUCGCGAAUUUGUGAAUAUCCCCUCUACGUACGAGCUCACAGCGUAUACUGUCAAUACAUAAAUCAUAACUAUAGAAUAACAUUUACUUUUAAUGUUGUAUAUUCUAACACUCUACUUCAACAUGAAAAGUAAAUAAAGUAGAUAAACUAAACACAAAAUCAUACAAUUUUGGUUUAUUUCUAACACGCGUAGGGUAACGCUUAGAUUCUUGAACACUAUCACUAUUUAUUACUUUUCACUUCUUCUUGAUUUUCACUCGCACUUUCUACACUUUCCGUAUUCUCAGAUUCCACAAUUUCAUUGAUACUUUAGCAAAACAAUGAGUCACCGGCCGCAAGGCGUAAGCCGGGA